ACAGAAGUGAUGGGCAGUGGAACGGUCAGGGAUUUGGAAGAGGAUGGAUAGAUUACAGUGAGUGUACAUGCACCCACUGUACAAUCAGAGGACACACUGUAAAAAGGUGUCAUGUCAGGAGAAUGGAUGAAGUGAGCAUUCCGCAUGUAUUUACCACGGGACUGGAAAAAGAAGCUUCCGAGCCAAGAGCACACAAUGUCAGAGCCGUGAGGGCGACUCAGGCCCAACAGGCUUUCGCCAUGAGUCAAGGAAGAGAAGGUUCCGAGUCAAGGGCAUCCAACGCCAGAGCAGUGCGAGCAACUCUGGCCAGUGGAUCAGACGCAACUUACCAGACACCAAGGAAUUAUACUCCCCAUACCGGACGAAAACCGAAGGGGGGUAAUACGUCAAAGAAACAGGCUCAGGCUCCUUUGCCACCUCAGGCAGAAACCUCGAUCGAUGUAGGAGAAGAUGAGGAAGAUCAGGAUGAGGUGCUUAGAGGAAAAGAGAACAAACGCGCAAAGCAGAGGGUCAAAACGCGUAAGACUAAUGAUGGAAAUGAGAAGGUUGGGGAGAAGUCGACGAAAAAGUGGAGGUACCAAACCUCAAUUGAAAAAGGUGUUGACCUAGAGAAUUUAGUAAACAAACUUCUCGAGGGACACAAUGAGUUGCUAAACUUGAAAGAGAUUUUGGCAACAGCCCCAAAACUCAGAGAGUUGGUCAAGGCUAAGCUGGCAAGGAAAAGAGUGGCAACAGUUAGGUUCGGAGACUUGAUCCCCAAAGAAGCCAACUGGACGAUUGUUGGCAGCAAAAUGGACUGGAAGCCGGUAGGAACAGGGUCCAUUGAUGUUAACAUCAGGGGAAAGGACUGUCCGAGAAUGGUGGAUACAAGAGCGGAGAUGAACAUCAUGAACUCGGAAAUAACUGAAAAGUUGGGACUGAAAAUUGACAAGAGAGACUGUGGAUACCUUAAUGGGGCAAGUGGAAAGUCAGGAUAUACUGGCAUAGCAUCAAAUGUGAUGGUGGAAGUUGGGCGAGUAAAGACAGAGGAUGACGAGGAAGUGGUAAAGCCAGAUGAGAUAGUACUGGGAGAUGACUACGAAUUCAGUGAGGAAUUGGAGGGAGAAGAGUUUGAGCAAGGUGAAAUCUCGGAAGAUUUUCGAGAAGAGUAUGACGGGUUUGACCCUAAGGGAGCAGUUGCCAUGUCGCAGAAGGGAGGGAUGGUGGGUCUUAACAGGUCUAUUCCUGAAGAGGAAGAACGAUUGAGGCAUCCAGUGGUAACAAGAGACUCUGCGGCAAUCCCGUUUUACAAGAAAGAGGAUAACCUGAGGCAGUUUUUGAGGGAAUAUGAAAAUCACGCUUUCAUCAAAGAGUGGGAUGUGCCCACCAUGAUUAAAAAUGUGGCUGGAGUGGGAGAAUGCAGAAAGGCGAUGGAGGAAAUGGCCAUGAGAGUUUUUGGAUGGCAGAGCUUUAAAGUAGCGAUGUGGUCCAAGUAUGCAGAUUUGAGAAGAGAUGAAAUAGAAGAUAACAUCACUUUCGACGGAACAAAUUUGGAGGAUUUCGAGGAUAGCAUCGGUCUCUGUGCAGAAAGGAACAGAUGGGAUGAUGAGAAAAAAUUGGAGCAGACUGCGAUUAGGGUAACACCUAGGGAACGCGAGACUGUCAGAAAGAUCAGAGAAGGGUCAGAUACCUGGGGUGACUUUCUUGUUGAGAUGAGAAAGGCACAUCCUCUGAGCAUAAGGAGGCAGAAGAAGAGGCAGUUGUUCCAGGAGCAAGGGGUGUAGAUUGAAAGAUGGAAAGAAGGGUUGGAAAGGGCACAACAAAAAAAUGGGAAUGAG